UUGUCCGGGCUCCGGCGGCGGCGGUGGCGGCGGCGGCGGUCGGUGCUGCGCGAGCGGUGGCGGCGGUGGCUCGGCGGGACCGAGGGCGGGAGCGGCCGAGACCAUGGCUGGAGGCAAAGCUGGAAAGGACAGUGGGAAGGCCAAGGCUAAGGCAGUGUCUCGCUCACAGAGAGCUGGGUUACAGUUUCCUGUGGGCCGCAUCCACAGACAUUUGAAGACUCGCACCACAAGUCACGGAAGGGUCGGUGCCACUGCUGCAGUGUACAGUGCCGCAAUUCUGGAGUACCUCACUGCUGAGGUGCUGGAGCUGGCAGGUAAUGCUUCCAAGGAUCUCAAAGUUAAGCGGAUCACUCCGCGCCACUUGCAGCUUGCAAUCCGUGGUGAUGAAGAGUUGGAUUCUCUUAUCAAGGCUACCAUAGCUGGGGGUGGUGUGAUCCCUCACAUCCACAAGUCUCUGAUUGGAAAGAAGGGACAGCAGAAAACUGCUUAGAGAGUUGUUCUAACCAACCUUCUUCCUCCCCGUCAUUGUACUGUAACUGGGACAGAAGAAAUAAUGGGGAUAUGUGGAAUUUUUAAAACAGUUAAGUGGAAAAGCAUAGACAAUUACUGUAGACAUGAAAAAGAAACAUUUGUAUGUUCUUAGACUCGAAGUUUGAUAAAAAUAUCUUUUCAUGUGGCAACAGUUGUGUGUUGAUUGGCUAGGUUUCUCCCAUGUGUUUUAUACAAAAAUGGAAUUGAUAAACCAUUUUUAAAAAAAGUAA